AUGGCCCUUUUAUCAUCAGUAUUCUCAUUGUUCUAUCCAGUGCCACCAACGAAUGUGACCAUCGCUUUCAAUUCCGCCAUCAUUUCUGACGGUGGAACACUAACCCUUGAUGAAGGCACCACGACCAUCAUCACCUGCAGGAGCAUUGGAACAAGACCCGCCUCUGCGAUCACAUGGUACCUGGAUGGGGUGCAAGUGGCGUCCGGGAUCGGUAGACCGGUGUUUACCCCGAACGCCAACGACAUUCGGUUACAGGAUGCGUCAAGUAGCAUCAUCAUCCAACCUUCUAGAGAACAUCAUGGGCAGGUUCUGCGCUGCCAAGCAACCACCUCUGGCAUCAGCCGUGACGUUGGUAUUAGACUCUCCGUCGAUGGUCCACCUGACCCACCAGUAAUCAGUGGUAUCCCAGACGCCAUCAAUGAAAACCAGGAAACCUCUAUCACUUGCGAAGCCGACAACGGACACCCAUCCCCCUCAAUUCAAUGGUUCAUUGGGACCAGGAACCUCAGUGCGGAUGCAACGCUUCAUGUAUCCGCAGACGCCGAGAACCGUAUCGAUGUCUUGAGUCAACUGCGAUAUCUGCCUCUGAGGGAGGACAACGGCCUGGUGUUGCAGUGCAGUGUCAUCCAUGAUCAGCUCUGGCAACCGAUGAGAGUGACAAGUGGUAAACUAGUGGUCAAUUACUGUACAGCGAUCGUUGAAGUGACCGUUUGUCCUGAGGUUAAGGAGGGGUCUUCGGAGGUCAUGGUUUGUCGAUCGGGGCCCACCAAUCCUGCGGCUAAUCUAGUCUGGAUCGAAGGGGAUGAAACCAUUUAUGAGCCAAACUACCUGCAGACCCACUUUGAGGAAAGCUCCGCACCAUUAGGAUCCCGGACCACUCUUAGUUACACGAGAAACUUCACCCGACAAGACCACAGACAGAACUUCAAGUGUUGUACCGCUGUCAGUCCAUCAUGUAAUUCUACCGUCUGCUCAGAACCUUGCGUUCCUGAUGUCAAAUUUCCACCAGAAGAACCCAUCAUCUCCAGAAGCAUAACUGCCCGCCAAGUUUUCGAGGGAAUUGCGGACCUAGAAUUCACCUGUCGAGCCGAGGGCAACCCCAGACCGACUCUGACCUGGGUGAUGACCGACAACGAAGGUUUGAUGCUUGACCAGAUGACCAAAGAGGAUGGCUCACAGCUAUUAAGGUUCAGGGUUGUAAGAAGACACCACGCAGGGGUGUACAGAUGCAUCGCUAAUAACGACCUUCCACCAAUGAGCAGCAAUUAUGAACAACUUGUCGUGAUAUUUACGCCCACCUUUCUAAGCAAUGACAACUUCCGGGAAACGGCCGACGAGGGUCAAAAUGCCACUCUAACCUGUGUCAUAAAGGCCAACCCAAGCCCUGUUGUCAACUGGGAGAGACUCGGCAACCAUUCUGCACAGCUCUUUGACAGGACGCUAGUGGUGACUAAUGUGGUGAACAGUGAUUAUGAGAGCACAGUCACGAGUACCUUGAACAUUUUCGAUGUGCAGCCCGACAUCGAUCACGGUAAUUACAGGUGCACGGCACUUAACGUCUACGGAAGAGUUGAAGCCGUCAUUAAUCUCAACGCAACAUCUAUUCCUGACCCCCCUUCUCAGCUGGUCGUCGAGCUCAAUCAGACUACAUCUUCGACCCUCUUCGUUACUUGGCAACCCGGUUUUGAUGGUGGACACCAGCAAGCAUUCACUCUGCAGUACUGUCCAAACAACACGCAAGUGGAAGAGGCUGGUUGUGGUGCACUCACUAACCUGUCGGGGACUUCGUGCAGGCUGGUUGGGCUACAUCCAUCCACUUUGUACCGGUUGACCAUGUGGGCAGUCAGUAUAUUGGGCACCAGCAGUGCAAUAGAAACCGUGGCUUACACACGUGACUCUACGGCAUUGAGGCAAACACCAGUCUUACCAAUCGCCCUUGGAGUGACGGGUGCUGUUGUUCUGAUAUUACUUACCUUACUGGUUGCAAUGCACUUCCGUGGGACGUUAGGUUGUAGGAAACGAAAGAAGGGCAAGUGGUUUAAUUUUGUCAACUUUAACCAUAAUACCGACGUUCACAUAAAGCCUUAAUUAAAUGAAGUUGAUUUUGGUCCAAGAAAAAAAAUGACAAGCAAAAACGAAUAGGUUUUUAUUCCAAAGUUGAAGGUGAUUUUGGUUGAAUUUCUACUUUUUAGCGGCUUUACCAACCUGAUUUCCUGAGCAUGCUGCCUAUGAUGGAUA